AUGCCCUCAGCCAAGCCCAGAGAGACUCUUGUAAGACUGGAGGAAUUCAACGGCUCUGGCUUUCCGAUAGAAAACUCAGCCCCUAAGUGCAUGACAGAUACGAUGUCGGGACUAAACAACUUUGAGCUGAUUCGACGAGGUGUUCUUCGCCUUGACAAGGCAUCCGAGCUUCUGGAUAUUACCGACGACUACGCAUCAGUUCUGCAUGCGCACUUGGAUUUGAUGCAGAUACUUCACAACGCUCACUCGAUACUCUACUCUGCCAAUGCGAGAACGCUGUCGAUGAUUAACGAGGGCGAUUAUCCGCGCUACUUGGAUGACCUGAUGGAAGCAGCAACGGCAUGGACCCAAUGCGAUUCGAGACUGACUGAAGCUGCAAGCUACGGACUCUAUGCCGCAGUAUUUCUAUACAAGGCUCUCAAUGCAGGGGCUAUACGGGGCCAUGCUCAACAGAAACAAGUGAGAGGCCUGUCGCAAGCCUUCAUCUUGACCCUGGACGAAGUGGCCUCAACUGAACCGCACAUCUGCCAUGGAUACAGUGUCCUACUGAGGGAGCUUUGGCAGCAAGACAAAGACCCGCAGAUUGAAUCAGGCCCAGAAGUCCAAUGUGACCAAGGAACUCAUAAAUAUCAAUCGAGUGCAGUAGAAGACACCAUCCUCGGUGAUCCAUCGACGUGGGGCUCCGAGGGGGGUUUUCAGCCUAUCGUGCAAGGCCUAGACCGAGUGAAGCAGCCUCUCGCCGGAUCGAGUUCCAGCUCGGCGGAGGCUGUUGUUGGCACUCAGGACCUCCUAUCCUUUGAAAACUACUUAUUCAAGUCUAUGUGGCCCGAACUGGCUAGCCCAGAGCAUCAAGGGGACUUCUAUGACAUGGAAGGAGAGCUCCUAGGUUUCGAUAUGGGUCCUUUGAGCGAGUUCGAACCACUCUAG